CUGAGGUACAAGCCAGUACUGUGAACUGAGAAGUUGCUAAGGCAACCUGUAACAGGACAGAUUGUUGCUUACUGCCUUUCUCUCUGUGUCAUUGUUGCCUUUUGCUGUUACAUUGCUCGUGCUGUCUUUCUGAGCCCAGAUGUUCUCCGAUAACUCCCACUGCCCUGACUGUGGGCAGCAGUGGUUCCCUAGUUUAGAGCUAGGGCAUUGGCUGUACCAAACUGAACUUGUUGAAAAUGAGUGUUACCAAGUGUUCUUAGACCGCAUUAACAGAGCUGAUUACUGCCCCGAAUGUUACCCUGACAACCCUGCUAAUAGAAGCCUUGCUCUGCCUUGGUCUUUCCCACUUGAGUGGGCACCUCAAAAUCUCACCAGGUGGACCUUUGAGAAAGCGUGCCACCCAUUUCUUCUGGGUCCGCCACUGGUUAGGAAAAAGAUACACGACUCCAGAGUAGCUGGUUUUAAUCCUGCAUUACAAUUAAUCUUGACCAGGACAGACAAAACCUUAAACAAGAAACUUGGCCAAAGCAAGUGACUUCUGUAACAGAAUCAUGAACUCUCCAGGGCCUUGUGUUCAUAGCCUAGGGGAGAUGAAUAGUAACGUGUUUCUGUUUCCUUUCUCUUUCUUUCUCUCUUAAUUUUUUUUAAGGUGCUGGGGACUGAAUCUGGGUGCCCUUAUGCAUGCUAAGGCAAGUGCUCUUCCACUGAGUUUAACCCGAGGCCCCCCUACAUCUGACUCAGACUCACUACUUGGUCUACUGCUUAACUUGUUGGGUCUGCUUCUGUGAGCUAUGCAUUUUGUUUUCUGUUUUUAGCAUAAAUUUAGUCAGUAUUGCAGACUAUCUACCUAGAACCAAACUAACCUAUAGUCCAGACAAAUGCUUCAGAACUAGAUUGCCCCUCCUAAGUAUUGACGAGAUAAUGUGGGCAGGAGGGGAGGCCCCAUGCUGUAUGCCCCAUUAACUUUUUCUAACAGCAACUUUUAUGAGAACACAUUCUUGUAGCUGUAUUCUAGAUUAUUCUAGUAAAUUUUAAUACACUACAUUGUUCUAGAUUUCUCCUCUUACACAUUGAUCAGUAGUGAGGGAGAUGUGUAUGUAUAUAUAAAAUUUUUUCACAUAUAUAUUGACACUUUUAUCAGCAUAAGUGUUACAGUGUUGAUAACUGGUCCUUUCACAUUCUGUUUGUCGAUAACUACAGAGGUUACAAAAAGGGGUUGAGAAUGCUGCCAGUUUACACUUGUCUCUACAUAACCAAAGACUGCUCUGUCUUGUGGUGACCGAAUUUAAUGUCCUCCCGUGGAAAUGGAAAAAUGACCUGUGCUAUGAAAUUCAUAACAAAUGGUAAAGCUGGACUCCAUAUAAUUUAAGAAUAGUCUAGUGGGUGCUUUGUCUUAGACACAAGAAUGUGUUGCUGAGCAUUGGCCACAUUCUGGGGUUCUCCUGUUCAUGGAAAUCAUGGAAUCAGAUUUGGAGUUAAGCAACUUAGAAAAAGCUCCUGGGAACAUCCAAGAAGCCACUGAACAAUUUUUAAUCCCACUUAAGAUUCUAGGUGGUCCAGUGCUUGUAUAGCAGCGAAAAUGUCUCAAGGACCUGGUUCUUCCCUUUCCUCCCCGGGGUUCUUAGGGGUUGCCUUUGUUCUCAUAGUUGUUCUUGAAAUGAGUUCAGUUAUGCUUUGUUGUGCCAGACAGUAGGGGCCACGUGGCUUUCUGUCUUACAAGUCUUAAUUUGGAAAUAAAAUCUUUCUGAAACGUC